AUGAAAAGAGGGGUUAUUUUCUCCUAUGUUCUGUGGCCCAUCGCCGUCACCAUGGGGGUCCCCGUAGCGGACGCCCUGAAGGUGGCCGAAUUAAUCGGCGUCAAGAUAUUCCUGAACGAAUUCGCAAGCUACCAACGGCUCGGCGUGAUAAUAAAGAACAUGGAACUGCUGAAUGAGCGAAACACGAGUGUGCCCAUCAACUACCUUCCAAAUGGGGAUUGGAGCUUCACUCUCAACAAUGGAACAGUUGUGGUUGCCACGUACGGCGCAUUUUUUACGGAAAAAGCCAAAGUACUCUGCACCUACGCUCUUUGCGGAUUCGCCAACAUCGGUUCCAUCGGCAUCCUCCUCGGCGCAAUGGUGACCAUUCUUCCCCAGCGGCGAGCCGACUUGACAAGUAUGAUUCUCACCGGAAUGGUCGGCGGCAAUAUCGCCUGCUUCCUGACGGGCUGCUUCUCAGGUAGAGCCGAGUUAAAGAAUGGAACUUUUAAUGUCAUUUUAAAAGCACUCUUGUCUCCAUCGGCUUUGGAUAGGCGUAGGUAA